CACACCCCACACACACAUACACACAAAGAAUCACCUUAUCUUCUUGCCAUCCAUCUAUCCAUCGGCUUUUUAAAAUCCUUAAUAAUCAAAUUAAUCUUCUAAUUCUGCUCUGUUAAUUUUCGAUUACUGUAAUUUCGAUUUCACUAUCAUCAAUUCCGAUCAAUAAUGAGUUUUAGAGGAGGUAGGGGAAGGGACAGACCAAGGAGGGACUACGGAUCGAGAUCGGAAGAGAAAAGUCAACAUCACGGCGGUGGUGGUGUCGGCGGCGGCGGCGGCGGUGGUCGUGGUCGAGGCAAUGCACCGCCUUCCAGGCAUUUGUGGGUUGGGAAUUUGUCACAUAGUUUGACUGAACGUGCGUUGAGCAAUCACUUUAGAGAGUUUGGGGAGCUCGAGAGUGUGGCGUUUCAGCCUGGACGUAGCUACGCUUUUAUCAAUUUUAUUGAUGAAGGUGCGGCUUUUGCGGCAUUUGAAGCACUUCAAGGUUUUGUGCUUGCGGGGAAUGCACUUAGAAUUGAGUUUACAAAGGCGGACAAGUCGUCAAAACCAUCACACGACGAUGGCUACUUACAAAAGCGAGAUGAAACUCGUUCUGCCAUUAGAGGAUCUCCAUUCCCUCCACGGGACUCUAGGGCCCGCCACAUUCCUCCUGAACCAAUUUAUCCCGACAACAUAUCCAAAACCAACAGUAAAACUUCUGAACAACCCAGUGAAGUUUUGUGGGUCGGGUUCCCAGAGUCUUUGAGAGUAGAUGAAGACAGUUUAUGGAACGCAUUCUCCCCAUUCGGUGAAAUCGAAAACGUAUCCGCUUUUCCCGGUCGAACUUAUGCUUUUGUCAGAUACAAACAUCUUGAUUCUGCCUGCAGGGCAAAAGAUAAUUUACAGGGAAAAUUGUUUAACAAUCCCAGGGUCCAUAUCUGUUUUGCUCGGAAUGAUUCUGGGCCAUCAAACAAUUCAAGAAACUUGAUAAAUGACCCUUCCUCCCCCCGAGCCAGAACAUAUGGACGCCAGGGUUCAGUUGAGAACUUUAGACAUGAUAGAUACCUUGAGACUGAGCGCACUAGAAGAUCCCCUCGAUUUGUGGAUCCGGAGGGUCUUGAUGAUGGCAUGGGUUAUGACAGGAAAGGUAACAGACCAACAGCUAGGAAUGUUCCUUUUGAACAUAGGUUUCAAGAAGUAGGACCUGAAUCAGGACUACCUGGAAAUAUAUAUGGACGUCUCAGUCCUUUAAGGGACCGAGGGGGCGAUUUCCAUGAUUUACCCCCGAGGAAUACAUCUCACCAAGGCCCAUUUUAUGAGGAUGAAUGGGAUUUGCCAGAAGAUGCAUUAGUUUAUCAUGGUGCAAAGAAACUGAAGAGCAGUUUAGUUCCUCCUGAACCGGAGCUUCCAGAGUAUCCUUUCUCUGAAUCUGAACAAGUGAAACACAUUGUCUCUAGACCACCUGAGUUUUCCCACCACGGGAUGGUUGAUAACAAUUUAGGACAUCUUGGGUAUCAUAACCAUAAUCAGCUCCCUGAUCUACCUGUCAAAAUCACUCAACCAUAUGGCAAUCCCCGCAAUGCAGCUUAUGAUUCUUUCCAGACUAGUUCAGUUCCAUUGCCUCAAAAUCCUACUGAAUGGAAGAAAUCAACUCCUGAACCUGCAAUUGGAGAGUGGAAAUGGGAAGGUGUUAUAGCAAAGGGAGGGACAGCAAUCUGUCGUGCUCGUUGCUUUCCUGUUGGGAAAGUACUAGACAUGAUAUUGCCAGAGUUCUUAGACUGCACUGCCAGGACUAGCUUAGAUAUGCUAUCGAAACAUUACUAUCAAGCAGCUAGCUCAUGGGUUGUAUUCUUUGUUCCUGAAAGUGAUGCUGACAUGGGAUUUUACAAUGAAUUCAUGAACUAUUUAGGAGAGAAACAACGUGCUGCGGUGGCUAAACUUGAUGACAAAACCACCUUGUUUCUUGUACCCCCCUCAGAUUUCUCCGAGAAAAUACUUAAAGUACCUGGAAAACUGAGUAUUUCUGGUGUCAUCUUGAGGUUAGAACAAUCAUCUUCUAGUGUCGAGGCUCUUCCACCUCCACCGCCGCUGCCUCAACCUCAACUUGCGAGGCCUGAUCCAUAUUUAGUGUCUUCUUUUGGAGAAGCUUCAAGAACAUCAUUUGCAUCACCUUCUGGACCCCACCCACCACCGGGUCAACCUUUUUCAAAUCUUGGUAAACCUGUAGUUAGUACAUCUUUACAGGGGUUACCUCCUGCCCCAAUACCAUUUCAUGUUGAAAACACACAAGACCAUGUUUACCAGAAUCAACUCUCAGCUAGUAGAAAUCCGGCACAAUCAAGAAGUGGUGGCGAUUUCAUGGUUCCACCUGCAAAUGAUUCAAGCAAUUAUAGAACUCAAAAUCCUCCAUUGCCACAAUAUGGUCAUCAGGAAGCCGGUGGCAUUCAACAAGAUCAACUUGCACAAUUAGUAUCUUAUCUUGGGAACGCAAGGCAACAAGGAACUGGUGUUUCAAUGGGAGAAGAGUUUAGGCAAUCUAGCAAUACAAUGAUUUCUGAUAAUGGUUAUAGAAUGUCGCAAACACUUCCUUCACCAAGUAUGCAUUCUGAGCAGCAUCCAUCAUCACAGUACCGUCAAAUGCAGCCACAGUUUCAGCAGCAACAAGUAUCAAACGUAGGACUGGCUCCAAGUGGUCAAGGAAACACACAGGAAGAAACGGAUACAGAUCCACAGAAACGGUUACAGGUGACAUUAGAGUUGGCUGCUACUCUUCUCAAGCAGAUUCAACAAGGGAAAACUUAAAACAAGACUAGUUAAUUAGAUAAAAACAUAGCAUAUUGCAUGUGAAUCUUUAUAUUUGUUUUGUUUAAUAGUUCACUAAUAUUGUCUUGGAAGUAUUUUCAGUGAGUUAUGAUCUAUUUGCAGUUUAAUGUUUGGUCA